GAGAGGACAGAAAACCCCGUGCCCUCCCUCGCUGGAUAAAUCACUGCACCCACACCCGCACCCUAAGGAUAUGAUGAGUGCAAAGUAGGAUAGAGAAAUUUGUAGUGGAGUUUCAAAGUGAGCCAUAAUCUACCUUGCCCUGCAGUAUAGGGUGACGUUUAACCGAGCAAAAUACACAGUAGAGAAUGUCUAGUUAAGAUAUUACAUAAAUAAAUGACUUCCGAGCUUAUGAAUUUUAUUGAUUUUCGAAUCAUUUUUUUUUCUUUAUUUUAGGCAUGACAAAAGUAGCAGUAACUCCCACAAAUAAUCAACAAUUUCCCUAUUGUUCAGUAAAUCAUUUUCUUUAUUCAUUAAUUCGUUCAUCUCGUGUUUAUCGUCGUGGUUUAAUAUCACAAUUAUUAAAAAUGUUUGAUAAUGAUGCAACAACAACAACAUCAACAACACUUGAAGAACAAUUAUUUGUUGCUGAUAAUUUAGCAUAUUUUCCCUAUCAAGUACAAGAUGAACCAUUAUAUUUAAUUGAACAAAUUGAUUUAACAAUAAGUGUUAGUGGUUCAACACAAUUACAACAAUUUCGUGAUUUAUUAAAACAAUAUUUAGAUUAUAUUGAUGAUGAUGAAGGUAUUGAUAUAAAUAAAUUUGAAGAAAAAUUUCUUACAUUAUCUGAUACAAUUAUUGAUGAAUUAAAUCAAUGUUUACGUACAUCAAAAUCUACAAUGUUAUUAUUAAUAUUAAAAUCUUAUCUUAAAGAUAUUUAUAGUUUAAAUGAUGCAAAAAUAACUGAAUAUGAUCAUACAGAAAGUAGUAAAGUAACAGAUCGACCAAUAAUAUCUCGAAAAAUGCAUAUUAAAUUUGAACCUAAAAUAAUUCUUGAUGCAAUUACACCAUCAAAUCAUAUGGAUAGUAUACAACGACGUAAACAAAUAUUAAAAGAUUUUCAAGAUUUUAAACGUUAUUUAUUGGCAUUCGAUACAGAUGCAGAUGAUACAGUACAAUCAAUAUCAGAUUUAUUACCUUCAACAACAACGACUACAUCAUCAUCAUCUACAACAACACCAUUACCAUCAAAAAGUAAGAAAAAAUCUGGUGGAACAAAUAAACGACGAAAAGUUAUGAUCGAUUCAGAAGAUGACAGUGCCGAUGGCAAUUUUCAGCCAUAA